AUGAGAAACAGUACGUUUCAGGUCAGGUUAAGAAACAGUACGUUCCAGAUCAGGAUAAGAAACAAUCAGGAUACGAAACAGUACGUUUCAGAUGAGGAUAAGAAACAGUACGUUUCAGGUCAGGAUAAGAAACAGUACGUUUCAGAUGAGGAUAAGAAACAGUACGUUUCAGGUCAGGAUAAGAAACAGUACGUUCCAGAUCAGGAUGAGAAACAGUACGUUUCAGGUCAGGAUAAGAAACAGUACGUUUCAGGUCAGGAUAAGAAACAGUACGUUUCAGGUUUGAAUAAGAAACAGCACGUUUCAGAUCUGGAUAAAAAACAGUACGUUUUAGAUUUGAAUGAGAAACAGUACGUUCCAGAUCAGGAUAAGAAACAGUACGUUCCAGAUCAGGAUGAGAAACAGUACGUUUCAGGUCAGGAUAAGAAACAGUACGUUUCAGGUUUGAAUGAGAAACAGCACGUUUCAGAUCUGGAUGAAAAACAGUACGUUUUAGAUUUGAAUGAGAAACAGUACGUUCCAGAUCAGGAUAAGAAACAGUACGUUCCAGAUCAGGAUGAGAAACAGUACGUUCCAGAUCAGGAUGAGAAACAGUACGUUUCAGGUCAGGAUAAGAAACAGUACGUUUCAGGUCAGGAUAAGAAACAGUACGUUUCAGGUUUGAAUGAGAAACAGCACGUUUCAGAUCUGGAUAAAAAACAGUACGUUUCAGAUUUUAAUGAGAAACAGUACGUUCCAGAUCAGGAUGAGAAACAGUACGUUUCAGGUCAGGAUAAGAAACAGUACGUUUCAGGUUUGAAUGAGAAACAGCACGUUUCAGGUCUGGAUGAGAAAUAG